AGCACUUCCUAGAGGGGGCCAGCGGUAAAGAGCGCGCACAAGAAAGAGGAAGUCGAGAAGGGGCUUUGCGCACAAAAAAUAAUAAUUUAAAUGUCGGGGAGUUCAUUUGGAGAUUUAAAAUGAAUUAAGGGACUGCAGGCGAUCUCAAAAUUACAUACAAUUUAGAUUUUCUCUUAAUUAUUCAAACCUCAGAAUAAAACCCGCCACUACACUUGUUUUAGUCACCCUUCGCCAUACGAGUUUAGUCAAGGCGAUAGGGAAGUAAGCGAGAAGGACGAGCGGAAUUUCUAAAUACAUAAUCUUACCAGCAAACAACGAGGUUGUAACCUACACCUAAACACGUUUAGAUGGUAGAAGGUCUCAAGGCAUCAUUGAGCAACAGAAUUAGCAUCAACUGGUCUUCACGAGAACUUGAGAUUCCCCGAGAAAAGUUGUUCGUGGAGCACGAGCCGUCAGAGGCCUGUGGUCGAGGCUGCAUGCAUAGACCUUCGGCGUGGUGGAUUGCCUGUGACAUAAACAAGAAACAUGUCGGCCCAAGCGCAAAUGCGAGCGAUGCUGGACCAGUUAAUGGGCACAGGGAGAGAUGGGGACUCCAUGCGCCAGAGAAUCAAGUUCACAGACGAGCGGGUUUGCAAGAGUCACUUGCUGGACUCCUGUCCUCAUGACAUUCUUUCAGGCACUCGAAUGGACCUGGGAGAAUGUGUGAAGGUUCACGACCUGGCUCUCAGAGCCGAUUAUGAGAUUGCCUCCAAACAGCAGGAGUAUUUCUUUGAACUGGACGCCGCCGAGCACCUGCAGUCCUUCAUCGCCGACUGCGAUCGCAGGACCGAGCUGGCUAAGAAGAGGCUGGCCGAGACACAGGAGGAGAUCAGUGCUGAAGUGGCUGCAAAGGCCGAGAGGGUGCACGAGCUGAACGAGGAGAUCGGCAAGCUGCUGGCGCGGGCCGAGCAGCUGGGCGGCGAGGGCAACGUGGACGAGGCGCAGCAGGUGCUGGAGAAGGUGGAGAAGACCCGCGCCAUGAAGAAGGAGGCGGAGGACGUCUACAGGAACUCCAUGCCUGCGUCCAGCUUCCAGCAGCAGAAGCUGAGGGUGUGCGAGGUGUGCUCCGCCUACCUCGGUCUCCACGACAACGAUCGCCGCCUGGCCGACCACUUUGGCGGUAAACUGCACCUGGGCUUCAUUGAGAUCCGUGAGAAGCUGGACAAGCUCAGGAAAGCGGUCGUCGAGAAGCAGGAGCGCAUGCGGACCCGGAGACGGGAGGAGCGCGACCGGGAAGAGGAGCGCGAGCGAGAAUGGGAGCUGGAGCGCGAGCGCGAGAGGGAGACUGAGCGCGAGAGGGAGAGGGAGCGCGAGCGGGAGAGGGAGCGGGAGAGGGAAAGGGAGAGAGACCGAAGGAGGUCGAGGUCCAGAAGUGGCGAGCGUUACAGGGAGGGGGGAAGCUCAUCCUCCCAUCACUCGAGACGGCACCGCUCCUCCCGGUCCAGGGAAGAAGGGGGCGAGCGAGACAGGGAGAGGGAGCGGAAGCAUAGACACAAGGAAAGGCACCGCUCGCGCUCGCACUCCCACAGGAGCAAGAGGAAGAGGUCCUCCAGAGACAGAACCUCAAACACCCACGACAAAGAGCGCUCACCAGCCUCCCAGGAGCGCUGGCGGGAGGCCGGAGGGGAGGCCCACCGCAACGACCGUCCCCAGUUCCCGGGGGAGGACAGGGAGAGGUCCACUUCCCCGGAGCUGGCACGUGGGAGAGAGCGGGAGAGGUCCGUGUCCAUCGAGAGAGACCGGCGCUCCAGUUCAGAGGAGAGAGAAUCGGGGGAGAUAUAAGAAACAGAGUUUGG